UCUUGGAACUUGUGUUCGUGUUGAAAACGGGAUGGGGUGGGGGUAGGACACGAACCAUUUCACCAAUGAAGUCGGUUCCCCUCCAUCUUCCUCGCCCCCUCCCUCUCGGUGCCUUCCUUGUCCCUCCUCCUGCAAGUCACCACCGUCCAGUUCCCCGCCCUACCGAAAGCUUUUCCCUCCCAAAAGCAUUUCCCCUGGCCCUCUACGCGGGGGCUCAGGGGCUGGAGGACUCAGGGAGGCGGGCUGGGGGAGUCCCGGGGGACGCAGACCGAGUGCGCGGCGGGCUGAGCGCAGAGGCAGGGACCGAGGGGAGGGAGAAGGGCCGAGAGUGGGGGAGGGAAGAGGAGGGCGGGCGAGCGGGAGCCGGCGGGCCGUGUCGGGAGUGCGGUCUCUCCAUGGCAGUGCUGGGCGCAGCCCGAGUUUGUCCCGGUGGCUGAGCCCCAACCUCACAACCCCUUGGGGCAUCCAGAAGACCCCCGGCUGGUCAAGAACCAGAAGAAGAAGAAAACUGCAAGUCCCAGUAUGGGGGCCAGAGCUCCCCAGCCAGCCUCAUAGUUGGGGAAGCAGCCGGCUUGUUCCCCUAGUCAGCUACAGGCAUACUUCAGGAAAGGUCCUACCCAAUAUGGAAGCUGAGGACCACCUCCGCUGACCCCCAGUCUCCUCCUCUGCCUUCCAUGUGUGAACUUAGCUGAGUCAGUCAGGCAAUGCUGAGCAGUAGGGUGGACCUAGGGGCUGCCUGCCUCAUUACAAGGCAAGGACUGUGGGCAUCAUGGGAGUGUGUGUGAGUGGGGCUCCUGGGUGAGACCUAGCCCCCACCCCCAGGAGUUCAAAGGGGGUGGGGGGCCAAAGAUAGGAUGGCUCGGGGCGGGGUGGGGCCAGAGGAGGCCUCCCUGCGCUCAAACGCAUUGUCCUGGCUGGCCUGUGGGCUCCUGGCCCUGCUGGCCAAUGCCUGGAUCAUCCUCAGCAUCUCUGCCAAGCAGCAGAAGCACAAGCCACUGGAGUUGCUGCUCUGCUUCCUGGCCGGCACACACAUACUCAUGGCCGCGGUGCCCCUCACCACCUUCGCUGUGGUGCAGCUCCGGCGCCAGGCUUCCUCUGACUACGACUGGAAUGAGAGCAUCUGCAAGGUCUUUGUGUCCACCUACUACACACUGGCUCUGGCCACCUGCUUCACAGUUGCCUCACUCUCCUACCAUCGCAUGUGGAUGGUGCGCUGGCCUGUCAACUACCGCCUCAGCAAUGCCAAGAAGCAGGCGCUGCAUGCUGUCAUGGGCAUCUGGAUGGUCAGCUUCAUCCUCUCCACACUGCCCUCCAUUGGCUGGCACAACAACGGUGAGCGCUACUACGCCCGAGGCUGCCAGUUCAUAGUAUCCAAGAUUGGCCUUGGCUUUGGUGUCUGCUUCAGCCUCUUGCUACUUGGGGGCAUUGUCAUGGGGCUGGUCUGUGUGGCCAUCACCUUCUACCAGACACUGUGGGCCAGGCCCCGGAGGGCUCGGCAGGCCCGGAGAGCGGGGAGUGGGGGUGGGGCCAAGGGGAGUGGGGCAGGGGGCUUGGGUACACGGCCAGCCUUUGAGGUGCCAGCCAUUGUGGUGGAAGAUGCCCGAGGGAAGCGGCGGUCCUCGCUGGAUGGCUCCGAGUCGGCCAAGACAUCCCUGCAGGUCACCAACUUGGUCAGCGCCAUCGUCUUUCUCUAUGACUCACUCACAGGGGUGCCCAUCUUGGUGGUGAGCUUCUUCUCCCUUAAGUCGGACUCGGCUCCCCCGUGGAUGGUGCUGGCGGUGCUGUGGUGCUCCAUGGCACAGACGCUGCUGUUGCCCUCCUUCAUCUGGUCCUGCGAGCGCUACCGCGCGGACGUGCGCACAGUGUGGGAGCAGUGCGUGGCUAUCAUGUCCGAAGAGGAUGGCGACGACGACGGGGGCUGCGAUGACUACGCAGAUGGCCGAGUGUGCAAGGUUCGCUUUGAUGCCAACGGGGCCACGGGACCGGGGGACCCCACCCAGGUGAAGCUGCUGCCUGGGAGGCACAUGCUCUUUCCCCCUCUUGAGAGGGUCCACUACUUGCAGGUCCCUCUGUCCCGCCGUCUGUCCCACGAUGAGACCAACAUCUUCUCUACCCCUCGGACACCGGGCUCCUUCCUGCACAAGUGGUCAUCCUCUGAUGACAUCCGGGUCCUCCCAGCCCAGAGCCGGGCCCUGGGGGACGCUUCUGAGUACCUGGGACCAAGACAAAGGCUGGAGGAUGAGGAGGAUGAGGAGGAGGCUGAAGGUGGAGGGCUAGCUAGCCUUCGACAAUUCCUGGAGGGUGGGGUUCUGGGGUCAGGUGGGGGGCCCCUACGGGGUCCUGGCUUCUUCCGGGAGGAGAUCACCACCUUCAUUGAUGAGACACCUCUGCCUUCUCCGACUGCCUCUCCUCGAAGGCCCAGGCCACUGGGCCUCUCACCCCGCCGACUCUCCCUAGGGUCCCCUGAUAGCAGAGCCAUUGGACUUCCUUUGGGACUAAGUGCAGGGAGACGCUGCUCCCUGACAGGAGGUGAGGAGAGUACAAGAGGUUGGGGAGGAUCCUGGGGUCCAGGGAACCCCAUGUUCUCCCAGCUGACCCUGUGAGCCCAAGUAGGCCUGCUGGACUCAGAAGAGGGUGUCUGGUUGGAUGAUACCUCCUUCUGGCCCUGAGCCUAGGGCAGCUGCCUCCAGACUCCAGGGAGAUGGGCACUGUAUCUGGGGUCCCCGAGCCCCAGCUGUUUCCCAUCCAAGUUACUAGAUGCCCUACUCACCUUCCAUCACCCCUAGGAAAAUGUAUUAAAGUCUAAAGUGUUACCAUAGAAA